AUGAUAUUUUGUUUUCUUAUCCGUGGUGCUUUUCUUAUCAUCUUCGGUUCUUGUAUCAUGAUAUUCGGUGCUCUGGUUGCUAUAAUCGGUGCCAGUGACCUUACACUCGGCUCUUUAUCCAAGGUACUCGGUAUUUUCCACAUUAUACCCGGUGUGCACGCCAUUAUACUCACUGCUAACCGCUUCAUACUCGGUGCGUUUGCAAUUAUAUUCGGUGCUUAGAUCAAUUUUAGUGGUGCAGCUUUCUUUAUAUUCG